GUAAAAUGUUCUACCUCAACACUUCAUGUAUGAUUUUCCUUAUUUUCAGACAUGAGAAAGUAUAAACGCAAAACAAACAGGGCUGGAACGCCAGCAGAUGUUAUGCUUCGAGCUGCCAAAGAGGUUGUUCAUGACAUGAAACCAUGCAGAUCAGUUGCCAAGGAUUACAAUAUCCCACAUACCACCCUGAGGCGAUAUUGUCACAAGCUCAGGUGUGCGCCACUUCAAUUAAAUGAAACAACGGCCCCUAUCCUCACAGUCGGCUAUGUAAAGAGUAGGCAAGUUUUCAGCACAGAAGAAGAAGUUAUGUUAGUUGCUUACCUUCUGAAGGCGUCUAACCUCUAUUACGGCUUAUGUCCGAAAGAAGUGCGUAAGUUGGCGUAUGACUUUGCUAUCAAACUGGAGAGAAAAAUUCCGGAGAACUGGACUGAGGCUAAAAUAGCAGGCGUGGAAUGGUUUACCGGGUUCCUUAAACGACACAAGAACAUUUCCCUUCGUACACCGGAAGCCACCUCUUUAGGGAGAGCAACAAGUUUCAAUCGCCACAAUGCCGACACAUUCUUCAACAACCUUGAAGAAGUGAUGAACCGCCACCAUUUUGAGCCACAAGAUAUUUGGAACAUAGACGAAACAGGUUUCACUACGGUGCAAAAGCCCUCCAAAAUCAUUUCUGGCACAGGCGUGAAGCAAGUAGGCACAAUUGUAUCUGCUGAGCGUGGCACCCUAGUAACAUGCUGUUGUGGUGUGAACGUCCUCGGAAAUAGCAUACCUCCGAUGUUCAUUUUCCCCCGUGUAAAUUACAGGGACCAUUUUGUCCGCGACGGCCCUAAUGGAUGUAUUGGGGCAGCUCACCCCUCGGGAUGGAUGACUUCGACAAAUUUCUUCAAAUUUAUGGAGCAUUUUGUAAAACACACACGCUGCUCCCCAGAACAACCGGUUUUGCUUCUGCUGGAUAAUCAUGACUCUCAUGUAAGUGUCGACAUUUUGGACUUUGCUAAGAACUCUGGUGUUGUCAUGCUGUCGUUCCCUCCUCAUUGUUCUCACAAGUUUCAGCCCCUUGACCGUAGUGUUUAUUUCCCACUCAAAAAGUUUUACAACAGCGGGUGUGAUGCAUGGCUGAUGAUGAACAAAGGGAAGACAUUAACCAUAUAUGAUAUACCGGGCAUUGUGAAGGAAGCAUUCCCUCUUGCAAUGACACAAGCCAACAUCCAGUCGGGGUUCAGGGUGUCAGGAAUUUUUCCGUUCAACAGAAAUGUUUUUGGUGACGAGGAAUUUCUGCCGUCCAGCGUCACAGACCGCCCAAACCCGGAAAUCCCUGAGACAGACGAAGAUGUCCCGCAACCUUCCACUAGUCAAGUUGUUACAGAGGCGAGGCAGGGCCAUGAUACGUCACCAGGGCCAAGCAGCAGACCAAUGUCCCCUGAAGAUGUGAGGCCGUUCACAACAGCAGGUCCAAGGAAAUCCUCAGCCAAAGGUCGCAAACGAGGUCGUACCCGAAUUUUGACGGACACUCCGGAGAAAGAAGAGCUAAGACGGGACGAACAAAGGCGUGAACUGGCAAAACGCAAACGGAGCCGUAGAAAAUCAGAAGCCUGA